AUGUUGAGACAAGCCAUUAGAAGAUAUUCUAGUCUACCACCAUACGCCUUGAAGCCAGCUUUUGGUCCAGCCGAUAAGGCUGCCGCUAAAGCAUUCAAAGAAUCCCUCGAGGCCACCAGCCAUCACGCUAAGGAAACCUCUGGCUUGUGGAAGAAGAUUACCUUUUUUGUCGCUGUGCCAUCAAUUGCCCUAGCUGCUGUAAACACUUACUUCGUGGAAGAAGAGCACGCUAAGCACCGUGAGCACUUGAAGCACGUUCCUGACCAGGACUGGCCUAAAGACUACGAAUUUCAAAACAUCAGAAGCAAGCCAUUUUUUUGGGGCGAUGGUGAUAAGACUUUGUUCUGGAACCCAGUCGUCAACAGACAUGUUUCCCAUGAUGAUGCUUGA